AUAGAAAGCCUUUCAUGUCGUCCUAUGGUGCAGAUUUACGCGUUCUCUCGAUGCUGCGUGCUGAAAAUGUCUUUAUUUUCUUGGAGCUAAUUACUUCAAAUCAACAACACCCGUGGCAAACGUAGAAGCGACUGUUUUGAAAUCAUUGUAAUGAAAAAUGUUCCACAUCUUUGUCUUCUCUCUCCACAGCAAUUUGAAGUAAUAAGCCGAUGUCGGAGCAAGAAGGGAUCUCCCGGCCGCACUAAGCUCCACCCCUCACUUAGCAACCCGAUCACGUAGCAACGGCUGGGCCAAUGGGCGUCGUCGAAUUGGGUCCACCGACUGCGGUUCCUUAGCAACGAUGUAAAAAAUGCGCUGACGUCCAUUCUGUGCUCGGUAGUAUUAUGGUCUGUUGGGAAUUCAGAGUGGCAGAGGGACUGGGAGAAAAAAAACGUCUGCUUCGCUAACACUAGCAAGCUUAGCUAACGGUAGGUCGCACUGGAGUCAACAUGGAGCUGUCUGCCGUCGGGGAGAGGGUGUUCGCCGCCGAGUCUAUCAUCAAACGCAGAAUCAGGAAGGGUCGGCUCGAGUACCUUGUGAAAUGGAAGGGCUGGUCUCCUAAAUACAGCACAUGGGAACCGGAGGAAAAUAUUCUGGACUCCCGUCUGUUUGCGGCUUUCGAGCAGAGGGAGCGUGAAAGGGAACUCUUCGGACCCAAAAAGAGAGGACCCAAACCCAAGAAGCUUCUUCUCAAGGCCCAGGCCACCAAGUCUUAUGAAUUUAGGAACGAGACAAUGCGGGGGAUGCGCUUUAGCUACGCCACACGAGAGCCCGUUGUCACCCACAGGGCCAGAGAAGGCCUGAGAGCGGUUGUUCCCACAAUUUUCCCACCCAGCACUGUUAACCGGGGAGAAAGCGUAUUUGUCAGUCCACCAGAUUUGGCCCACGAGCAACAAGCGAACUCCGAAGAGCUGGUGCAUUUACCCAAAAAGAGAGGGCCGAAGCCAAAGCUCCGUUUCCAAGACAGCAUCCCAGCAGCCUACGAGCCCGACGAGAGGAGAGCAGAUGAACUGUCAAACCACAGCCCUCAAAAACUGAUGAAGCUGCAGAGUGGUGAAGAUAUGAAACUACUCAAAGUUUCCCAUCACAGAAGCCCAGAGUACCACGGUCACAGCCAUAAACACCAUCGGCACCACCGCCACCACCAUCAUCAUCAUUCACAAAACCGGCCAAUGACAGGCCGGGGAUCCCACAAGCAACUUUACGCAGAGAGCGACCUGCACUCACAAAGGGACACACACAGGACUAAAAACAGCUCAGGCCCCUCCAAGCACCAGCGUGGCCCCAGCCAGCUUGUCCCCACAGAAAAGCCUUACUUUUUGGACAAGCCAUCCCCAACCCGACUCGACGUCAACUUGGACGAGGUGACAUGGCGACCGUCUCUGUGCAGCGUGGAAAAGGUACUGGUGACAGAUGUCACCGCCAACUUCCUGACUGUCACUAUCAAGGAGAGCAGCACUUCAAAAGGUUUCUUUAAAGACAAGAGAUGAUGUGGACACACCAGACCUCAAUAUUAUGCAGAACAAGGGGCCAUGAAAAGAGAAAAUUGUGUUAAGAAAUCAGAGACAAACGUGCAUAUACAUAAAGUCUAUCAAACAGUGAAAUGAAGUCCUCUUCCAAUUAUGCACUGGUUACAUGCACGUUGCUUUUGUAAAAUGUGUACAUUUGACUAUCAAAAUAUAACAGCAUCUUAUGCUGGGAGAUACAGUGGGAAAUGUUUUCUGUUGAUGCAUCCAUUCAUUGAGUUGAAAUAUUUUGCUGUACAGUAAUUUGAAAUUAUUUGACAAAAGACUUAAAUUUAUUGGAGUUCUUUUGAAACUGUUCUUAAGCACUUUGUGUUAAAGUAUUAAUCCGUUUGUAUUUCUGUCAAAGUCCAACUUUGUUUCAAUUGUUCCAACAUUUCGAAAUGGAAGAUCAUCCUCGGGUUGUGUACAGGCAUAAAUGUUUUUUUUUUUUUUUUUACAUUAACAGCAUAUUUGAAUAGUAACAAAGAGCAGCGAGCUUUAAAGUGGGAAGGUAACACUUGGUGUCAAACUUUAAAUAAACGUUCUAACUUGUUUCAA